GACGCGUUGACCCGCAGGAUCCGUUUAGCUACGAGACUCAGUGCGCGCCGGAAAGCUACACAUUAGCAAAGCACUGACACGAACCAAAACAUAAGUAAGGCAUGCAUGCAACCUUGUAAUCCGAAGUCAAACGCGGUUUAGAGUACCGUCUCCAAAAUGUUUCGAGGGGCAGAGGAAUUAUAAAACAUUGUUUAGUCAAGAGAAAUUGUCUUCUUUUUUUUGCGCUCUCAACUUACGGCUAAAUCAGGCCCAGGUAGCGUUAGCUGUGGAGCGUCCUUUUUGAUUGCACAGCAAAUCAAGGAAUGAGUGAUGACCUCUGUGGUGGUGUCCGACGGAGGAGGGAAUAUAGUGGAGUAUGUCACGAUGGUGGAGGAGCCUCAACAAUGUGAGCAGCAGCCUGCCGAGGAAGAGGAGGACGAUGUCGAUGCUGUGAUUGUGGGAGGAGGUGAGGAGGCGGAGGAAGAUGAAGUAAUACAGCAGGCGGUAGAGGCAGUGAUUGUGGGAGGAGGUGGAGAGGUGCAGAAGAUGGGACGUGUGGUAGCGCAGGAGGAUGGCUGUCCUGCAGUGAUUGUGGAGGAAGUGGCCAGCGCCCAAGUGGAGGAGUGUUACUCUGCACAGGUGUUGGUGUAUGAUGAUGAGACUUAUCUGAUGCAAGAUGUUGCUGAGGAGCAGGAGGUUGUCACAGAAGUGGCCGAUACAGUGGAGAUGUCGAGUCAGGACAUUGUGUGUUUCGAUAAAACAUUUGAAGCAGCUGAAGCUCUUCUGCAUAUGGAGUCUCCCGGAGGGUUACAUGAUCGCAACACAGCAGAUGAUGUGAUGAUGGAGACAAUAGUGGAGGUUUCAACAGAGUGUGGACCUAUGGAGGAGGAAGAAUCCUUCCCCAUCCCGCCUGAUAAUGAACCUGUUGCCAAAAAGAAGAGAGGAGGUGGACGUAAGACAAAGAUGCACCAACCUACAUCCAACGGGACCUUUGACCUAGGGAUUAAGAAGAGACAGAGGGAAGGAAAAGGGAACACCACCUACCUGUGGGAGUUUUUGCUGGAACUAUUGCAGGACAAAAACACAUGUCCUCGCUACAUUAAGUGGAUGCAGAGGGAAAAGGGCAUCUUCAAAUUGGUCGACUCCAAGGCCGUGUCCAAACUUUGGGGAAAACACAAGAAUAAACCCGAUAUGAACUAUGAAACAAUGGGCCGAGCGCUCAGAUAUUACUACCAGCGUGGAAUCCUGGCAAAGGUGGAGGGUCAGCGGUUGGCUUACCAAUUCAAAGACAUGCCAAAGAACAUUCGGGUCAUUGAGGAUAACGAUGAAGGUGAAGACAGCGAGGGCAUGUUGUCCAGCCAGCAGGGUCCCGAAAUGCUGGGCACCAACACUAGUGCUGCCUACCAUCCUCAGCAAGCAUACGUCACAAUCAUCCCCAACACCACCACCACCAGGCCCAUUCGUGCCAUGCCUGUGGUCAUGACUAACUCUCUUGGGCAAGUGACAUUAAACUCUUCGGCAAUCCUAACCACCUCUGCAGGAGCCCCAGUUACAGUAGCUAGUGCUAGUGCGCCCCCAAAAUUGGUCAUCCAGACCCUGCCCACCAUGCUUCCGUCUGGUUCCAAAACAGGUGAUAAAAUCACAAUCAUCACGAUCCCAGCCAACCAACUUGCCACACUCAUGCAGGCAAGUCCGUCAAGCCAGGUGACUCAGCUCGUACAGGCCAAACCUGUCACAACACAUCUAGCGCAGGCUGUCCCAAAGCCAGCAACAACCCCUACCGUCCAUCUAGCAGCAGGCACACCAGUGCCACAGCUUAUCCUAGCCAAACCGCAGCUCACGGUGCAACAUGUCCAAAGUCCUACCCAGCUCAAGGAGUCACAUUCUGAGGUAUCGACCCUCUCCAGUCAGCCAGUAGCACCAGAAGAAAGCCCAACUUCCUGAGAAGUCAAUCCUCAGGUGGGAUGCUCUCGGGGGGGAAUGACUGUAAAUACUGCAGAAGGAAGGCAAGUCAUAUCAAAUCCACCUCCUGGACCCACAAGAGAGCACUUUGACUGGCUGCUCUCAUCGAGGACAAAUUGCAACCCCACAAAAGAGGAAUGGAACAGGUGUGUGAAAAAACUUGCUCAAAGAAGAUGGGCAGCCUUAGAUUGCAAAUGAAACAUUUGCAGUCAAACAGUAUGUAAACUCACCGAGAAAAAAAAAUUGUAAAUGGAAAUCUACAGAGCAUUUUGAUACACAGCAGGUAUUUUUUUCUUCUCCUAGACUAAGUUUGUUUGGUUGAUUUCAUCUGUUUUUCAACCGGUUCUUGUCUGAAGAGUUUUGUCCUUACCUUGCACUGUUAAAUACACUGCUCUUUUUUUUUUUUACUGCAAUUUAAAAGGGAGUCAAAAGAUGUCAAAAUCCAAAUAAGGUAGAUUUGUG